AUGGAGGAUUUAUCAAAGUCGUGGAAAAAAUUAUCACUAACAAAGAAAGAGGAAUCCAGAUUUGUAUUGCUGAAGGUACAAAGGAAGAAUGAGUACUUGAUAGUGGCGAAGUUUUUAACGACGCGAGCGCUAAAUAUGGAGGCAAUGGGUCGAACUUUUAAACAAGUUUGGAGGUGCAGCGACGGCUUAAUGAUUAGAAAUAUGAAUGAUCAUAAAGUUCUAUUUGGGUUUGAUGAUGAGAGGGAUGUUAAUCGAAUUUUGAUGAACCAACCAUGGAGUUUUGAUAAACAUUUGGUGGUGGUCAUGAGGUAUGAGAAGGAUAUUUCGCUGCGAUCUUUGUCUUUCAAUGUCGUGAUGUUUUGGGUUCAGGUUCGUGAUAUCCCUAUACGAUACAUGACUACUGAGGUGGUUGAACAACUAUGUGAUAUUAUUGGGGAGGUGGUAAGAUCCAUUGGAGUAGAAACUGAGGAAGGGAGCUGCUGCAUGCAGGUACGAGUAAAAAUUGACAUAACUGAACCUUUGUGCCGUGGGAGACUCAUAACUCUAGAGAAUGGUGAGAAAACUUGGGUGGUUUUCAAGCUUUCCCACGGUGAUAGAGAUUGUCCGCUUUGGUUACAGAGCAAAGGAACUCUAAAGGAAGAAGAUCAACAGUUUGGGCCCUCACUAAGAGCAACACCGUACAAUCUGACGAAUCAAAGGGUGAUCUAUGUUCCGGGAUUUUAUGAUAAGUUGGGCCUGAAGGAGGAUGAGGCGCUGAGAAGAAAGGAGUCCGAUGCAAGUGAGGUGGUCGGAAACAUAAAUUCCGGGAAGCGAGUUGCUGAAAGUUCGAAUAUGGAAAGAGAGGAGUUUGCGGAGGAAUUAAAUGCUAGGUUGAAUGCUGUGAAAAGGAAUGUUACCAACUUGGAAACAGGCACCGAAAUUAGGGGGAGGGUAAUUGAUUUGGAACCAAAUAAGGAAGUCAUUAAUUCUGUUAAAAACUCUAUCCAUCAAGAGUGUGAUUCGGGGAAAAGCAUUGAUGAGCCGAAGUGGGCCUCUGAAAAUUUGAAAACAUGUGACAAAGGGCUAGAGGCACGUGAGGAAGGAUUAAUUUUUUUGGAGGAAGGGGUGGAGUCUAGCACGAAGAAGCCACGUGACUACCCAAAUGAAUUCUUUAGUCGCCAAAUCGAGGAGAUUGACAGUGCACUAAAAAAAUAUGAUAAGGGUCUGGGGGAAAAACUUUGCGAGGAGUAUGGAAGUAGGGAACAACUGAUCAGAUCACUAGAGAAGGAUAAUGAUUCUACGGGUGAAAUGCAAGAGGGAGUUAAAGCAAGAAACUCCUCAAAUUCGCACAAGGUGGGUAAGUGGUCAAGAGUACAAUCUAUUAAGGCUGUAUCAAUGGAACCCUUGGUGAUUGAGAUUGGAAAAAAAAAAGAAAUCUAG